AAAAAAAAAAAAAAUCAGCCAAUAUCAAAAUAUUUUCUUUUCUCCUCGAUUACAGGAGCAUUUUUCUUCUCGUUAACCUAUUCUGGUUAACGAAUGGUGGAUUCAUUUUAGAGGAACAACACGAGCCGUUGAUAAGAAUGGGCACAUACGUGUUGAAGGUAAGAUUCCCGGUAUUAGGAUUAGAAGAAGGAGGGAAGGCCUUAUUAAAAUCUAAGGCAGAUUAUAAUUAUACUUGUGUAUUAUUACAAAAAAUAAUAAAAAAAUACACAUUGUAAUGUCAUGCUGAGUGAUUUAGAAAUGGCAUUCAACAAAAGCAUGGAUAUGAAUAAGUUCAUAAAAGAAUUUUUUCCAUCCCGAAGAACUCGUGGUUUUAUAACAGCCAUUGGAGGUAUGGAUUCUGAUGAUAGAAUUCGGGUGGAUAUAAAUCUGGACAAAUUAAGAAGGAACGAGGAAUCCUUGGUCUUAUCACUAGAUCAUCAAACUGCGACAAUUGAUGCUAUGUACAAAUUUGUAGACAGCUCAAUGUUGCAUAUAGAUGAUAAGAUGAAAAACGUGAUGAAUACGUUCAACACAUUAGGGAAACUGGUCCAAGACGACUUAAGUUUCGCUAGUACAUAUAAAAAGGCACUACAACUUGAGUCGGAAUUAAUUGAAAUUGGAUUUAGAAUUCAAUCUUUAAUAAAUGACUUAAAUAAACAACAGAAUAUUAUACUACAAGUCUUGCUUAAUAAAGACAAUAGUAUAACAUGGUUUAUUCAAUUACUAGAGCCAGCAAUUUUGUUGCAAAUAUUAAAAGAGGCUGAAAGUAAGAUCAAAGGGGGCCUCGAAUUUCCAAGAAGACAAAAUAGCGGAAUAUUGUCAGAGAUUUUGAGAAUAACGGAUGUAUCCUUUAAAACGGAGAACAACCAAAUGUUGUCAAUUGACCUGAAGAUACCGUUAGUUUCAAAGAGGAAAUUCAAAGCAUUUAAGGGAAGUUUUAUUCCACAAAUAAAUGGAACUAUUAUCAUGACCAUUAAUUUGGAUCGGAAUAUAAUAAUUGAGGAAAUUGAUAACUAUUGGGGAUUCCUAUUAACGGAAACUCAAUACGAAAACUGCAAAAUAUACAUGAAUUUUAGAAUUUGUGAAUUAAAACUGAAGGAGGAAAAUUUAACUUCAGAAAACGAGUGCCUAUUGAAUCUCAGAUUCAGAAAUUCAACAGAAAAUUGUAAGAUUAAACUUCUGAGAGUCAAUCACGACGCUUGGUUUGAAACCGAGGAGUCAAAUGUUUGGGAGUAUGUAACCCCACAAGAAGUUGAAGUAAAUAUUUUCCAUGGAGAAAAUAAAACAAAAUUGAUUGUUAGGGGUACAGGUCGAAUGAGGCUAACCCCAAACAUGAGGAUUCAAACAAAUAACACAAAAAUUUGGUAUUCAGAUACUACAGUAUCGGAUAACAAAGCAUUAGUAAACACAAUGAACUACAAAAUAAUGAAUUUUACGUGGGAAGAAAGUACAAUGCAUUUGAUCCCAACAUUGAGUGGAAAUUUCUCUAAAGUUUCAUUCUAUGAUCGAAAGAAGCUUUUUGAUUUAGGAAUCGAUGUUGAAGUUCUCAAAAAGCAAAGACCCUUCCUAGAAAAUUUAAUUUAUUCUCCACUUUCAUCAGGCUGGACUAUAGCUAGUAUAGGGACUGGAGCAAUAAUUAUGUUGGCAACGUUGAUAGUACUUUUUAUUUGUUGCUUUAAAGGGCAGAUUUCUUGCCCACAAAACAAAAAGUACGUCUCUUCAUAUUCCAAGGAAAGGAAGUCGAAACCUUUUAAACAAAGGAAUCCAAAGGUUUCAAUUCUGAAAAAACCUCGUUCAUCACCUCCAAAGAUACCGUUGAGAGGACAAAAGAUUACCCAUUUAGGGCCAUUGAUCGACCCACGGGAACCGAAUUCAGACGCUGAGAUGCUUAAAAGGAGGAAAGAUAUUUUCGCCAAUCCAAAUUUAGAACAUAAUGGAGAAAUCAUGCUCAUGCGUGAAUUAAAUCCACAAGCGAAUUUACCAGCAAUUCAAAAAUUAGAAGAAGAAUAUAUGGAACCAGAUAUAUUUCAAACCUCAACAGGAAUAACAAAUGAAAGCGAUAUCCAGGGGAUAUCAGAAAAUAAGACAAUUAUAAAAACACAAACUAGAAGACCACCAGUCAGAAUUCGGUGGUAGAAAAAGUUGAUACAGAGCGACAACCUACAGCUAAUUAUAACAUAAUGCGUUCGCCAAUAGCAACAAAAAAGCAUUUGAAUGAACCGAAGAGCUGGAAAUCCAGGAUAAGUAAAUGUCUUGUCAAAGAUUGUCAAAAAUGUCUGCACGUAAUAAUGUCAAAUAGAUGAGCACUAUAAAAGAAUUAAAAGGGGAAGAGGAAACAUACCUCCCAUAAAUAACGCGAAAGAGUAAAACUUUGAUUAAUUAAAUCGGAAGAGACCCCACAUUAUUUGAAAGAAGGGCCUUUCAAAUGAAAAUAGAAGAAAUGAAAUAUUGACCUAGAGCGGAUAAAAGUUUCCCUCGUUACAAUCAGUAUCCCAUGGGAAAUGUUAAAUGAGAUCGUACUUACCGUUCGACAAUAGUAAAAUUGAACAUUGUCGAUAAACUGAAUUUUUUUUUUACGAUUUUUUAUGUUUGAAUGGAUAGUGAAUUAUUGGACAAGGGAACACUACCUAGAAUGACUGUGAUUUGAAUGAAAUAACAAGGGAGUAGUGACCCAGAAUGGUAGUUAUUGAGUAUACGAAUUGUUAAUUAUAUUAUAUACAGCAAUGUAUUAAGAAUUUAUUUUACUCAUUUCUUUUUGCAGACAGAGCAAAUGAGAUACGAACAGGCCUAUAGCCUAGGAAAUUGAGAAAACAAAAUGAGUAUAUUUACAGAUUAAUCCUGCCUAAAACCUCAAAUCAGGGGGGGUUUUAGGUCAACAGCAAUUUACCAGGCGAUCCACAGAAGACGAGAAGGAAGAUAAACCAGAAUGGUGAAUAGAAGGAAGGUAAAACAGAAUGAUGGUAUGGUGAGUGUAGAUUGCUGCUAUACGGUAAUGCAAGUGUAAUUUUGGGUUAUCCUUUUCGGUAUUAAAUACUUGCAUUGCUGUAGACCUGUUUUUUUUUUUUUCUUUCAUAUUUCCAAUAUUUUUACUUUUAAUUUGGUAUAAGAUUUUUUGGCUUAAUUAUUGACAAGAGGGGUGAAUUAUCAUGAAUUCUCAAAAUUAUAUAUUUGUGAGAAAAAUAUUUUUCUUGACUCUAUAUUUUGAGUAAGAAAAUGGAAAUAUUAAAAUUAAAAUUGUUUUCAUUAUUAAUAAAUAUUAAAGACAUAUAUGCUUAAAUGGGAAAACAUGAAAAAGGUAUCAAAUUGGGAAGAAGUUGACAAUAGGAGAGAGUAGAGAAUAAAAAAAAAAAAAAAAAAAAAAAAAAAAAAAAAAAAAAAAAAAAAAAAAAAAAAAAAUUAUUAUAAUAUAAAUAAAAUACACUAAAAUUAAAAGUAAAGUAACAUACAAUUUAAAAUAUUCAGAGCGUAAAGAUAGGGAUAUAAAGUUAGGAACUAAGACUAGGGUCAGACAGUAGGAGAACGAUAAAAGGAUCAGUACUCACCGAACGGACGGCGGAGAUAAAAGACGGAUGGAGAGAGAUGAAUCUAGAACGGAUUCAGUAAAUAUAUAUUUGACUGAAUCAGAAAUUAAUAUAGCAGUUGAAUAAAACGGAAGAGAAAAGCAGUCUUUCAUCAUCAAUCAAGAAAGAUGUUUAAGGAGAUAAGACUAUUCUAUCAGCUAGGAGAAGCCGGAUAAGUCAUUAUAUACACACACUUUACACCACUUGCAAUGGGAUAGACCUGAAGAGCAGGAUCGAUGAAAACGGGUUUAUGUCUUCAGGGAACAGGAAGAAUCCCAAAUUUAUCGGCAGGAUUAUAAGUGUAGAGAAACACCAGAUCAAGUCUUAGGACUACGUGCAACAAAUGAUCGGUGUUAUAUCCGAGCAUAAAGAUUAAAAGCUGUAACAUCUAGGAUAUAUCUCAACAGAAUUCAGGACUUAGGUCAACCAAGAAAGAUCCUGAAACAACAAAUAUUCUUCGUGUUAAUGGGACGGAUAAUACCAAGGAAGGAGGAUAGACAGGAGUGGAUAGAGGAGCGAACGAAAGGGGGCGGACGGCUCUCAGGAAAGGAGAAGGAGAAGGAGUACGGAAUAGUAUGGAUAGAACAGUAGUAGCUAGGGAAUAGAGUAGUAGGGUACAGAGGCAAAAGAUCUUUCAUUUCCAAAUUAUCCAAAAAUCAGGUUCCUUCAAAUUUUUUUUUUGUAACCCAUGCCAAAUACUUUCAUCAUGUUUUUAAUGAAUUGCAUUAAUUAAAAACUCGAUCAGUGGGGGUUUUAUGAGCCGACCUGAUUUUAGGCGGUUACAAUUAAUUUCCAUUCUCUUCCAAAGAAGGAUUAAGAAAAAUCCUAAAUGGAAAAAACAUCUUUGGAAAAACUUGUCAUUAAUAUGCAUGGACAAGAUGAUGAAAUCAUUUCUCUUGUCAAUUUGUUUCAACAUCGCAAGUGUUGAAACUUGAAAUUCCAUCCACCACUCAUGUUAUGAAAAUAUGAAAAGUGGAUCAUAAUCAAAGAAGGUAUUGUUUUGAUUAUGGAGGCAAAAACAAUACCUCAGUUAUUAAAUCGAACGCAAGUUCGAAUGUUUUAAGUUUAUAUUUACAGCAAAAAACUCCAAUUCGCGGAUGUUUAAUCAAAACAUGCAACCGAGCGGAUUUACGAAAAAGUCAACAACGAUUGCAUCAGCCGUGCACGGGCACGUUCGCGAGGAAAGAGACGGAAGAGCGGCCCGCUCUCGUGAGAAGACGACGCCGCGGGAAAAUUCGGAGUGACCGGAGUAGCGGCGAAUACUUAAGCUGGGACUUCAAGGAAGUCCG